AUGGCGCUCAAGCACAGUACUUCCGAGAUGUUUGACAUUCUGGUUAACCAUCUAUUCGAACCUGGGAGGGAACUCACCGCGAAAGAUGUCAUCAGCCGGAAAAGCAACAUAGGAGAAUCUAUUUUCAUGGAAUUCCGCAGGUCGAGGUCUGGCGAUGAGGCAUGGGAAGCCUCUUUUGCCAAGCUUCUUGCCAACAUUCUUGAAAACUUUCCUGACUUAGAAUUCAAUACGACCCCGGAUUACGAGGGCCUUCUGGACUUUGCGAUGUUUUCGACAAAGCACUUCAAGAACAAAACCAUGAGCAAAUUCGCGUUGAGGGUCAUUGAUUGGGUACCGAAAAGAUUGCUUUUCCAGAGGUUCCAGGAAGACGCUGCUUUCAUGGAUGAGCUUCUUUGCUGGCUUGCAUGUCAACAAGAGCGGCACUAUGUGGCCGUUCCCAUUCUCAAAGAACUGCCUGCUCAAGAGCAGACCGGAAAUAUCGACCAGAAUGGCUGGACGUUGGCUCACUGGGCGAUAUAUCAUAGGUUGCCUUCAGUGCUUCUACGGUGCCCGCCUUUGACACCCGGCGACAAAACUCGCGGCCUGGAGAUUAUUGGUCAACUGAAAAAGUCAAGCAAAACAAAGGAGCAGCAGCCUUUCGCGAAAGACAGUGCCAGGGAAGUGAAACAAGAGAAUCAAAGCACCAGGAAUGAGGAAGGUCGUACAGAAACUCAGGCUCGAGUCCUCGACGGAAUGAAACAUAUCCUUGACUUCAUCGGCCUAGAGACAACCCUUAGAGCCAGGGAGCCCCUCAGAAUCACCAAACCGACCAGCAGCAGAAUCAAAGAUUGCUUGAACGAGUUCCAGGCAAGCAUUGUCGAAGUCCGACAAAACGAAAAUGAGUUCAGCAUGGGUACUAGAUUCAGGGGGGUCUACAAUACCAUCUAUGAUGAGAAGGAAAGUUUCACGACAAUCAGAGACGCAAUAGAACAGUUCCAAAAGUCGACUAAGAAGUGGGUUCCAAGCACCCAAGUGUCUGGGAAAGGCCUCACGUGGGUCCAUCUUCCAGCAGCCAAUAUGGAAUGGAUGAUGAUGCCGUUUAUCUUGGCCGACUAUAAGCGACAUGAAACAAACAACAAUAGGAGAGACUUCCAAGACAUUCUAAAUGGAUAUUACCAAAGCCGGGGCUCCGUCGUUCAUGAUGCACCUACACUGGACGAGCACUAUUACCACUUUGCUGCAGAUGAGGAGUCUCAAAGAGACCGAGGCCACAGGAACAAGAAUCAAGUCUUCACCAAGUACCAGCAAGAAAAAUGGUUGAUCACAUCCGCUUCCUGUGCCGAAAUCGACAACGAGAGAACAAUUACAUUUAUCAACUCUAUCGUCGAUCACCUGCGCACUCAAGUUGAAGAUGGUAGUCGUGAACGUGGCCCGAAUUCUGCUGCAGAGCUGAGCAAAUCCAUUGCCGAGUACUGCGUUGGGACUUAUGACAGACAACAAGAGGUCCAGAAAUCGAAGUCUGACAAGAAGAAUGGAAAUCAACAAAAUCUCGCGAUGGAUGUCACGAAGGACAACGUGUCUACUGACAUAAGCGGAUCGACCACGAGGCAUGAAGCCGAAACCAGCGAGAUGUCGAUCCGCCAAACUUUUUCUAAUUUUAUUAACCGAAUUGGAAGACAAGAAGCCGACUUAUAUGGCCAGUUUUCUGGCUAUACAAGGACUUUGAGGCAAGAGGAAGAGACUAGCAGUAGUCACGGCAACCCAUUGACAACCGAGGAAGCAGUCAAGAAGGCAGCCCAGCUUUUGUUCGAGAUCAAAGAUGUCCGUGACGAGUUGAACAUACUCAGAACCGUUGCCGAAUUUCAACGGAAGGUUCAGUCGCGCAUGGAUGGCAGAGAGCCUAACGCGAUCAGCACUAUGUUGGAUGCAGACCUAACAGCUGCAUAUGUCAGAAAUGACAUUGAUGAAAUGGACAAGCUUGCUGGGAGGAUUAGAGAUGCUUUGCAUACCACCAUCACACUUCACGAGAGUGAGAUUUCUCUAGACCAGGGGAAAAGGGUGAUGAUGUUUACGGUGAUUACUGCUUGGUUUUUGCCUGCUUCAUUUCUCACCUCUUUGUUCGCCCUGGACGUGUCAUCUUUUCUUCAAGCACCAUUGUGGUCUCUACUCGUUACCCUGCUUGUGCCUUGUCUCGUCCUCGGGUUGGCGGGAGGCUACAUGUAUUACGGGCGGCACAUCAAAAGUGUCGCGAGCAAACUACCUCACUCCUGGGAAACAACUCCAAAAGACGUCUCUCACAGUCAAAGGAAAGAGACAGGAAACCUCACGGUGGGCAGCGCAUCAGCCGCCAAUACAAGACGAAACGGGCUUUGGCGAUCUUUGCCCGGGGUGAGACAUCGAGGAAGCAGAGGCCGUGAGAACGGCGUAGAAGUUCAAGUCUGA